UGACAAUCGCAGUACGUGGUGAGAAAUCUUUUUGUCAAGUGAAAUUAUGCAACGACAUCAAGAUCGGACUAGCCCAGAAAUCUGGCGCCAAACCAAUGGUCACGUUGAUGCAUUUGUAUCUAGAGCAAGUGCCCACUGACUUACUUUUCCAAUACUAUGAUUGCAGGUACUGAAUGGCUUCUCAAAUAGAUGGAUGUCGGGAUACGGUUGUCCUAGCGGACCCAGAAGGCAGUGGUCUCUAUAACAACGUCGAAGCCUGUCUUUGUUGGCUACCUGACAAUAUCUCAUGCACAUUCAGGUCAGGCACGGCGUAAUGUACGCCCAGAGAGAAGCUGAAGGCACCAAACGAAGGCAUCAAGUUGACACAGUAGUCGAGGGGACAGAAAUCGACCGGACGACGAACAACAUCGACCCUGCGCUCCUGAUUAUAGAUGACACGUUCCGGAUAACUGACGUUGAAGCCGUCGCCAUGUCCCGAUACCUCGUUCAAAAUGACGACCUAUUUCUGGGCUCCAGCAACGCCUGCAAUUUGGUGGCAUGCAUCAAAUUCGCAAAGAUAAAUGGCUGGCGGGAAGGCCAAACACUUGUCACGAGCUUGUGCGACUUUGGUAAUAGACAUUACUCCAAGGAACGAUGGUUACUUGCGUAAAGCUAAUACCCUAGUCGACCGCAGUCUAAUCGAUGAUCUGAUCGCCCAACCUGGUUCUGGAGUUUUU